CUCGCCCCGCGGCAGUGCUUCCGCGAGCAGGGUAACGAUGGCACGCGCGCUCGCUGCCCCAACCCACCCCGCAUAUGUCCGCGAGCAUAGGUGAACUUCAAAAAAGCUUUGCUCCAUCAACCGUUUUAUAUGACUACCAAAAAAUGACUUUUUUUAUACAUUUAUAUUGUGUGAUAUGGAUAACGUUAUUGACAGCCUGCUGCAGUACGACAGGUCGGGAACUGCCCAAUGGACAGAAUGUAGUAUCAGUAGCACCUAUAAAGGUUUUUGAUGAAUCUAUGUAUCCGAGGUUUGCUGAGCCAAUACCUAAUGUCACAGUCACUGUUGGCAAAGACGCAUUGCUGGCGUGCGUGGUUGAUAACUUACGAGGAUUUAAGGUCGCCUGGGUUCGUAUGGACACCCAAACCAUCCUCAGCAUCCACCACAACAUAAUAACCCAGAACCCUCGCAUCAGCCUGUCGUACAACGACCACCGCUCGUGGUACCUUCACAUCAAGAACGUCGAAGAGAUUGACAGAGGCUGGUACAUGUGUCAGGUCAACACCGACCCGAUGCGGUUCAGGAAAGGAUAUCUACAAGUAGUAGUUCCCCCAUCGAUCAUCGACAACAUGACAUCGACGGAUAUGGUGGUGAGGGAAGCCAGCGACGUGACCUUGGUGUGUCGCGCGUCGGGGUACCCCGAGCCGUACGUUAUGUGGAGGAGGGAGGACGCCCAAGACUUUAAUUAUAAUGGAGAAUCGGUAAACGUGGUGGAUGGGGAAACGCUUACCAUAUCAAAAGUGUCCCGACUACACAUGGGGGCGUACUUAUGCAUUGCGUCUAACGGAGUGCCUCCAUCGAUAAGCAAACGAAUAAUGCUUAUGGUACAAUUUCCCCCAAUGCUGUCGAUACCCAAUCAGCUGGAAGGCGCCUACGUCGGACAAGAUGUGACUCUGGAGUGUCACACGGAAGCGUAUCCUUCGUCUAUCAACUACUGGACCACGGACCGCGGGGACAUGAUCAUUUCCGAAAUGGAAAUUGUAGGUGGCAAGUACGAGGCGUUCCCCGUGGAUAGCGGCUACAACAAAUUUAUGAUGCUCAAGAUUCGCAAUAUCACCAAAGAAGAUUUCGGAUUUUACAAGUGUAUCGCGAAGAACUCUUUGGGCGAGACGGACGGCAUCAUCAAACUCGAUGAAAUCCCGGCGCCGCCGUCUGUCUUCACGACAACGUUGAAGUCCGUCCUGGAUAAUCAGACGAUCAGGAAAAAGGGUCAACUUCAAAUAGCACAACCAAACGAUGCAGUCAGCUCUACAUUCCAAGGUGAAGCGUUUGGUGAACAAAUAAGAGAUUUUGAUUUUUAUGAAGAAAACUCAGCUUCUACAACGAAUAAAGAGACACUAUUAUUUUUAAUACUUAUUGUGAUAAGCGCAGUGACACGUAUGCUCUCUUGAUAACUGUGAUGUAAAUAAAUACGUUUUUUUAAUACAAUUAUUAUAAGUUCCUAUAAAACUUAAUUUGUUUGUGGCUGAACAGACAAUAAAUGUUGAUUCGACGUCAAUAGGCUUUUAUGUUCGAUACAGCACUAGUAGAUGCUUUUUUAAACAACAUUUUUUGAGAUAGAUGCCUAUAUAGUUACUUUAAUCCAUCGAAAAUAGCGGUAAAAGCUUUUUUUUAAUUAGUAUAAAAAAUGCACACGAGAUAGAAAAUGUUAAAAACUAACGUACGUAAGUUAGUUUUUAAACGAAAGGUACAUUAAUUAUUUUAUAGAACCUUUUAUAGCUUAAUGUAUAUCUAAAAUUAAUGUAAAGCCACUGUUUAUACCUCAGUUAAAGUAAGAAUUAUUAUUUUCCUACUUAGUAUUACUUCGUUAUAUUUUAUUCAACGUUUUAUAUUAACUCGUAUAAAUAUUUUAACACAUCACUAACAGAACUAUAUUUUUCACGAAUACGCAACGAGGUAAUUUUAAUUAUUAAAUCACCGUUAAGGGAAUAUGAAAGAUCUCUUAACAUUUGAAAAGCUUUAUGAUAUUCGCGGGUAUAUUUUAAUAUAAUCUUUGAAAUAUAAGUCAAUUAUUACUGUUGUGUUGUACAGUUUUUAUUAAUUUAUUUUUAAUUAAGUUAUGCAUACGCCAUUAUGGUAACUUCUAAUGAAACAGCAUCGUCCAGUUUUUAUAUAACCUACACCUAACCAACGAGUUUACAAUAUUUAGAACAAGGGACUGCGGUAGCCUGACAUACCUCAUUUUACGAAUUCGAAAAGCUUGUUAGUCUAUGCUUCUACCAUAUAUACGAGGUAAGUACAGUAGCCAAUUAUAGAGUUUGGACCGUGGUGACUUAGGAAGGUAGCAGAUUUCAAGUAACCACAUUCCACAUGCUCAAAUAUAAGACGUAUUUUUUUAAUAUUUUCUGCAGGAUAUAUAAUGAACAUUAUGCUAGAUUGUUGCUAUGAUUUAUUUAUUUAUUUAAACAGGACACCAACAGGUUACAAUACAAUCUUACAUUAAAAUAUAAAGAAAUAUAUAAGUUAGUGCAAUUAUUGCAGACCCACUUAUUGGUUGUCACAGUAUGCACUAGUUUGGACUACUCCAGUAUUCCAGUCGAGUACAAACGAUUUUUGGGCUUUAAAUCCAAAAAUCGUUCGUACUCGAUCAACACACUAGAAUAGUCCGAGCUAGGCAUGAUAAUAAAUAUAAGUAAUACAGAUUUCAGAUGCUAGAUGACAGUGACUAGAUUCUUAGCUUCAUGGUUUGCCACAAAAAAACCUUGGAGGGAAAUAGGAAUAUUGGUCUUAUUUAAAGCUGUAGCUAUUAUUUUUUUAAAAAGAAAAAUAUUAAAUAAUAUGCUAUAAACUUGGACGACUGAAGGUCUGGACACUUGAAACCUGCUAUCUAAUUGGCUUCCGUACUGUUGUACUUUUCUACUGUACUAUCUGUGGAUAAUAGGCUGAAAAAAAUUGAGGUAAUGAGGUAUGUCCGGCCAUUGCAGACUCAUACUUCAUUUUUAUUCUAUAAAAAUAUUAUAAUUUUCUAGUAUCAAGGUUAAGAAAGAUCAUUGUAAGAUAUUACUCAGUAAGAAUUAAGAAAUUUUUACCUAUUCGUAAUCGUUCUAAUUUUAUUACGUUAUAAGCUGGGCGUCCACAGAUCCCAAUCGUAGGCAUCGGACGCAUCGCAUCAAACAAAUUUUAGUAUUCUUUGUAUAGAAAGUCAUAGAAGUGCGUCCACUGAUCCGUAGCAUUUGGGUCGCAUCGAACGGAUUUUAUCUACCGUAAAAUUAAAAAUCCCUUUGAUGCGAUGCGUCCGAUACCGUGUACGUUGCGGGUAUGUGGACGCCUACGUUUAGUGGUUUUAAAAUAUGGCGCCGGUUGAAAUUAUUACGCUGUAAAUGUUAGACAACUUAGUCUAGAAAUAAAAUAGGAUGUUUUGUAUAUUAUUUACUUGCCACAAAAUGAAACUGCCAAAUGUGUAUAAAAUAAAGCGAUGCUUAAA